GUGAUUAACUUAUGUUGCUUUGUUAAAUAAAUAUUAUUUUAAAUUAAUACAAUAUUAAUAUGUCUAAUGAGGACAUUGAUUUUAUUAAAGGAUAUUCACAACAUAUUGAAGAUAAAAACAAACAAAAUUUAAAUCUUUGUUAUGCAUAUCCUAUUAUAAAUGAGAGUUCUAACAUCAAUAUUUUUACUACUGACACUAAAAAUCUACGUAAAUUAUAUCAAAAAAUCACAUUAGUUGAAGAUGGAUUAUAUGUUUCUGACACUCCAUUCAUUUACAGUGAUAUUAAACUUUCUAAUUUGAAUCACAUAAAAAUCUUAGAAUAUGAGUCAAAACGUAAAUUUUCUGGUAAAUUAAUAGAAAUUGUAAUUCGUGAAGUAAAAAUUAAUACUUUGACUGAUGACAGUGAUUCUGUUAAAAUCACAUCUGUUUAUUUAUUAUUCAAAAGAAAAAUUAUUUGCAAAGCAAAUAGUCCUUUUAAUAGAAAAUUACAUAAAUUAUUAAUUAAAAAUUCUGAAUGCAAUAAUCUUUUUAUACAAGUACAUAUUAAAGGUGGUCAGUCUAGCAUAUUACCAUUACCAUUGCCGAAACAUAAUAUUGAAAAUUAUAAAACAGAAAUAGAUUUUGCAAUAGGUGACAGUUUUGGUAGAAUACAUGCUGGAACAGUAAUAUAUACAAUUACUUUAAGUAAUUAUGGUGAAAAUAAAGAAGAAUUAUAUAAGAGUCAUUUUAAUAAAUUAAGUAAUGAUCCAAAUGAUCCACAAAAUAAUUUAUCUUUACUUAAGUUACCAAAAAGUAUUCAUAAAAAACAAGUAAAGUAUUUUUUGCUGGAAGAUCCAGCAUUAAUUUUCAAUGCAAAUUUGGAAAUGAUUAUUUCUAAAAAAGUUGAAACAGAACAAAUAAAGUUACCAGAUAUAGUCAUAAUGGAACAACCUAUAUUUUCUUUAUUCAAUAUAUCAUUUCGAGAUUUAUUUCAAGUUAAACGUCCAUUAGAAUCUUCAUCUAAUACUUUUAGACAUCAUACAAUAGGAAAAACAGUUUUAUCUGUUACUAUUUUGCGAGGGAUAGAAAUACCAAUUAGAGAAGAGUCUGCAUUAGUUCAACCAUUUGUAGAAGUUGAAUGGGGUAACAUAAUACAUUCAACUUCUAUAGCAGAAGGUUCAGCACCUGUAUGGCAACAAACAAUGUACUUUGAAUUACAAUCAAGACAAAAUGACGAAAAUUGUAUAAAAUUUCGUUUGUAUGAUCAACAUCCUGGUUGGGGUCAACAAUGGUUAGGUGAAGCUAGAAUUCCUCUUGAAUACCAUAGAAAUUAUCAAGAGCUUGAACGAUGGAUUACAUUAUCUCCUUUAUUUAGUCCAAGUUUAUUAUUUGGAUAUAUACAGGCUAGUCCUGGCCAAUCAUGUACGCGAAUUUAUGUUUUGAUUAAAAUAGAACGUUCAAGUACUCCUAAAUCAGUUGACAAUAUUACUAUAAAUACAUUAUUAAAAGGAAUUCAACGAUGUCUUAUUACAUCAUAUAAAAUCAAUGGUAUAGAAACUCCAAAAGAUGCUGCAAGAUUAACAAUGCUUUUACCAUCAUUACCUAAUUAUUAUGGACCAAUUACUCCACGUCAAAUAUUGAAUAUUAAAAAAGUGGAUCAUUAUGGAAGAGCAGCUUUACUUGCAGUAUUAUUACAAGGUUUUAAUCUACAAACAUAUGUUUUAUUAGGCUCUUCUCAAAUAAGUAAAUGGACGUCAUUUGUUUUAAGCAUUAGCGAAAAUGGAACAUAUACAUUAUGGGAUCCUGAAGUUGGAAAUUAUUAUAAGUUAAAUGAUAGCCAUUGUCCUUUAAUGAAAGUAUCUCAUUUGAUUAAUCAUUUUGGUAUAUGGGAAAAUUUGCAGAAAUCUGCUUUACCUCACAAUCUUAAAUAUGAUGUAAAAUUAAAUAAAGAAUGGCGAUGUAUUGAAACUACUACUUUAAAAAAAAGUGAUCAUAUUAUUCAAAUAUUAGAUUUAAAUAUAACAGAAGAAGAACAAAAGCAAAUGAAAAAAACCGCUAUAGAUAUAGAACAAUCUUUAAAAGAUAAAUUAGCUUAUUGGAGAAGUAUACUUGGUUUACCAACACUCUUUAAUCGACAUGCAACAACUAUUUUAAGAAAUUAUUCUAAGAUGGAACAAUCCUUAGAAAUACAAUUAGAUAAGAAAAAUUUGAAACAAUUAUAUAGAUCUUAUCAUGUUCAUGGUUUCAUUUUAAAUAAACGUGAAUGUCAUAUUGAAGAUUUGAGUGAACAUUUACAUGCAACAAAGAUUUAUGAUAUUAAUGAGUCAGUUGAAUUUGUUGUGAUAUGCCAAAUACAACCUUAUAUUGGCAAAAUUUCUUCAAUUUGGUUGGCUGUUAUAAUUCUUAAAAGUCGUGAUUAGUUUAUAUAUUAAUGUUUAAUAAUAUUUAUUGAUUAU